GUGAGUGAGAAUGGCUUCAUUGGGGUCACUGAUAAAGGCAUUAGGCCAGCCAUGCCCUUCGCCCCCCACCCCGCAGCUGUUGGAAUAUUGGCUGCAUACUGGUCAGAUGUACGCUUCCAUAACAUUCCCAUGGCAGCGGAAAACCCUCCUAAGGUCUGGUACAGAGCCUACACCCAGAGAGCAGCAGCUCCAGAUAUCUAUGACUCUGUUGGACAGUUGGUGAGAGACUACUCCUCACAUGAUGACUACAUGGCUUCAUUUGUGAUGAUUGCAACUUGGGAGAAUGUUCGCCCCCCUUGGAGAGCAGACCAGACAAGCACUUUCCAGGCAGUACUGACUACCGAUGGCAACUACAGCUAUGCUAUCUACCUGUAUGAGAAAGAAGCUAUGGGUUGGAACCCACGUCAAUACUAUGCCCUGUCUGACAUCCAUGCAGCAGGAGACCGGAUGGUGAGAGUGGGGUACUCUGUACAAAUGGAUGACAUGAACAGGGAAGAAUGGGAGGUGACAUCUGCCACCUGGGAUGGGGAAAUUAAUGGAAGGAAUAUCUUUAGAAUGGACACAUGGCUCAGCCCAACAGUUUCUGGAGAUGUACCAGGGGUAGUGUUCUACAGGCUUAGUGCGAACACAAUGAACGCUGUCUCCAGUGCUAGUCGAUGCAUGGACUGGUACAAGACCGCAGAAUCGUCUGCAGAGCUAGCUCCAGAGCUGCUUGACACCUGUCCCCCCACCAUGGCUCAUGUCAGGCUGGAGGCAGAGCUGUGGGAAGCCAACUACAUGUUUGUGGAGCUAUGAUACCUAUGUUGAAGGAAACCCACUGGUCACCCAGGACUAUAUUUCAGCUGGACAUGUUGUCAAGUCAGCUCACGAGGAUAGGGACUGGGAUGCCCGCAGCUGGUGCUGCAACGUGGAAACCCCGAAUGAGUUCUGUCAUCUUUACCACAAAAAAAGACCACCUGCAAGCUCAAGAAAGUACAGGCCAACAAGACAAGCCACCAUGUUUGGUGAUCCACACUUCAUCUCCAUGGACCAGCGGAUAUUCACGUUUAACGGGUACGGAGAGUACGUCCUAUCACGGACCCUCUCAGGUUGGUCUGUGACCAAUGGUGUGGAUUUCAUGCUGCAAGCCCGUACUGCCCCGGCUCCAGGGACCACAGGUGCCACUGUGCUAACAGCUAUUGCUGGACGUGAAGGCUCAGAAGACAGCCCAUCCAUCCAGGUUUACCUACACAGUGAUGGUGACCAGCUGGUUGUAAGGAAUGGCACAGAUAACAUCACUGAGAGUCAGACGUCUGCACAUGGCUCCGUCUUGGUGACAAAAGGUUCCAAGAUUGUUGAUGUAUUGGCCCAGUUCCCCUCUGGUAUGUAUUUCCAUGUGACAACAAGGUCAGCCAUGCUGUUCUUCACUGUGGGCAUGCCCAGUAGCUUCCAGGGAUACCUUGAAGGCAUAAUGGGUAAUUUUGAUGGAGAUGAUGGCAAUGACUUCAGGCUAUCAGAUGGAACUGUCCUUGGUGCUGAUGCCACAGAACAGAACAUUCUAGACUUUGGCAAGUCAUGGUCCCUAAGAACUGUCAGCGAGGCAGGUGGUAUACCAGUGGAAGAAUUUACCCUGUUUCACUGGUAUGAUGGGAGCACUGCAGCAGACUAUGGGGAUGACCAAUACCAGACCAGGCUGAUGUCAGAUAUGACUCUAGACAACCCAGCUCACAUGGCAGUGUGCAGGAAGUCUGAUGGUACUGUGAGCCAGGAGUGUAUGUACGACAUUGCUGUGACUGGCGAUGACGAUGUUGGGCAAGCUACUGUAUGGGCACAGGACCAAUACUGGGGCAGGGAAAACUCCACUAGUAACUUUGCCCCAAUCAUCAUUGCUCCAUCUGAGAUCCAUGCAGAAGUUAACUCUCCCGUCAGCCUCACCAUUGAGGUGUCAGAUCCAAACCCAGGGGAUGUCCUGAACAUUACAGUGCAGGGAGGAGAUUUGUCUUCCUUUCUGUACACUGACGAUGGUGUCAUUAGAGCCACAUUUACUUGGACCCCAACCGUUGAUGAUCUAGUUGCUGCUACAGCCAUCCAAUUUAAAGCUGUGGAUGACAAAGGAGCUGUGACCAUAGCAAGUCCCCAGACCAUUGUCUGCUACUGUAGUGGUUAUGGCACAUGUGACUACAGCAGCCUGAGCUACCGACAGGGAAUGUUUGGCCAGGCGGUUUGCUUCUGUAAGCCAGCCUUCAUCGGGGACAUGUGCCAGGAACAGAUUGACAUGUGUCAGUUCCAGCCCUGCUAUCCAGGAGGGCGCUGUAUCCCUGACCCUAACGGUGAUGCAGGUUACAUUUGUAACAACCAGUGUCCAGAGGGGUUGACUGGAGAUGGACAAAACUGUGAAGAUGAAGAUGAGUGUCUGGAGGUAGAUAGUGAUACUGGCCAGCCCACCCAUGGCUGUGAGCAGGACUGUGUCAACUACCCAGGGGGCUAUGCCUGCACCUGCCAGGAAGGCUACAGGAUCACUGGUGACAGCCGCAACAAAUGUGAAAAUAUCAAUGAAUGUGAAAGCCCAGACUUGCACACCUGUCCAGCUCACCUGGUCUGUGAGGAUACCACACCUGGCUACAGGUGUGCCUGUCAAUCUGGCCAUCACAUGGACCGCUAUGGCAGAUGUGUAGACACUGAUGAGUGCCUUGUUGACAAUGGUGGGUGCCAGAGGCUCUGUGUCAACACUGCUGGCAGCUACCACUGUGAAUGCGGGGGCGACUAUGUCUUGUCAGAGGAUGGAAUGGCUUGCACAGACACCAACCCUUGUGAGAGGCAGAACAAGUGUAAUCACACCUGCAUUGAUAAGGAAGGCUGGCACCACUGUGACUGCCUGGAACCCUACUACCUCUUGGGAGAUGGAGCAACUUGUGCUGCCAAUGAGACAUGUGAUUCACGAUGGUGCACUCCCGAGGAUAUUGCUGUUUGCUCCAAAAUUGUUGACACAUUUUGGUGUCACUGCCCAAGAGGGUAUAGGAAAGAGCGGAACAAUUGUGAAGACAUUAAUGAAUGCAUUGAAGGCAGUAGUAGGUGCAGCCAGAGAUGUGUCAACCAGCCAGGCUACUACACUUGUGAAUGUGUGGCUGGGUACAGGCUGGCUGCAGAUGGACGGACGUGCCUUGAUGUUGAUGAGUGUGAGGACAAUAAUGGAGGCUGUGGAGACAUGUGUGAGAACUACCCUGGUGGCUUCCGCUGUACCUGCGGCCCAGGCUAUGAGAUGACACCCAUCGACUACACACCCAGCUAUGAGCCUGCUCCUACUGGACUUUGCCAAGAUGUGGAUGAAUGCCUUUACAACUUGGACAUGUGUGGUCCAAAUGCCGAGUGCACCAACACGAUUGGCAGCUACACCUGUACCUGCAAGGCAGGCUUCCAGCUGCAGUCUGAUGGUGUCACCUGCCUAGAUAUAAAUGAGUGUGCAUCUGGCAAUGGGCAAUGCUCUGACCUGUGUGUCAACCAGGAGGGGAGUUACCACUGUGCCUGUAGAACUGGAGGCAAGCUGACACCCAAUGGAAAAGACUGUGAAGAUAUUGAUGAGUGCACAUCUGUAUGGCUGAACCGCUGCCGUAGCACCGCCUACUGUGUGGACAAAGUCAGGGGAUAUGACUGCCACUGUACAGAGGGUUACAGGCCUUACAAUGACAGAACUGGAUGUAACUCUGCCGUGUGGUGCCCUGCAGAUUGGGAAGCUAAGUGUGAUUACAGAUGUCUGAUGCUUCCUACUCCUGUUAGCAACCCAGCAACAAACAGGUGCACAGCAACAACUACAUCAGCACCCCCUGUUGCUGCUACAACAACCACUACAACAACAACAACAACCAAUCCAGCAACCACUACAGCAGCAACAACAACCACUACAGCAGCAACAACAGCCUCUCUGAACACUACCACCUCACUAUUGACUUCUAUGAACAGUACAUCACCAACAACAUCAUCUCUGGACAGCACAUCAGCACCAACAACAUCAUCUCUGGUCAGCACAGCAGCGCCAACAACAUCAUCUCUGGUCAGCACAGCAGCGCCAACAACUUCCCUGGACAGCACAACAGCAGCACCAUCAACAGCAACAACAGGAACAUCUAUGGGGAGCACAGCUAUAGAUAAUACCACUAUGGCACCCAUGAUCAGCACUGCUGACAUCACUACAAGCACUGGUAGGACAACAACCACCCAGCCACCUGCUGUACUAAUGACAACAGAAUGUGUGGAGGCUCCUGUUGAGUUCAGGAAUGUACCAACAUGUGUCUGUCAGCGAGGGAAACAGUUGGCUGCAGAUGGUAGAACUUGUGAAGAUGUUGAUGAAUGUGCCCUGUCCCCACCAGUCUGUGGUGAUCCAUCUGUCACACAUGCCACCUGUGAGAACAAGCCUGGAUACUACCUGUGUAACUGCCAGAGUGGGUAUGUCAUGGAUGUUGACAGGAAAGCCUGCACAUUGAACUCUGGUGGCUGGGGACCUUGGUCUGACUGGGGGCCUUGCAGUAAGUCAUGUGACCUAGGCAUGCAGUCCAGGACCAGGGUGUGCGACAGCCCUGCACCUAGUUUUGGCCAGCCAACAUGUCAGGGGAGCAGCACUGGUGUGCAGAUGUGUGCGGAGAAUAACUGUCCCUCUGAUGCAACUGAAAGGGAGAAUGCUGUUUUCUUGAAGUUUAAAGACAUGCCUGCUGGAGAGUACCCAAUGGUGGAAGCAGCUCUAAGAGCAAAGGUAUCCAACCUGGUUAAUAGGUACUGCAGAGGAAGGGGUGCAUUCCCCAUAUGCUGCCCAGAGGCUUCAGAAGACCAAGGACCUAAUAGAGGAGACAUUGUAGGUGUGAACGACAUCACUUUCAUCCCUGGCACUCCAAGGGGCGUUGAUAACGACAAGAAUUUGGAAGUUGGCAUAAUUGUCCACAUCCCCCAGCAGAAUGACCUUUGCACUCCUUCUGAGCUUGCUAUGAGCUUGCCACACCCAGAACUGUCUAGGCAGCUGAACAGGACCCUAACUGGUUUCUACCUGUUUGAUCGAGAUGAGCUGAAGAUAGCACUGCAGAGGGGCAAGACUGAUGUGCAAAAUGUUGUUGGCUAUACUCCACAUGACCUCUUGGCAGAACCAACUGCUGCUGAGUCCGGCACGCCAGGCUGGGCUAUAGCUGUGAUUGCACUGGGCAUCCUGGUCAUACUGGUGUUAAUCCUCAUAGCUGUGCUCUAUAUAUUCCGUUGGAAGCCCAAGGCAACAGUGGAACCAGAUACUGGGGAGAGCCAUGCCUAAACUACCACCAGAGACCUCCUAAGUAAGGCAUUGCAAAAAAGAUUUACCAUGAUUAAGUCUGAAUUUUUAGUACCUUUCUUGUAAUGGAUUGCCUCUAUGGGUCAAACUUCCUACAGAAAUAAUUAAACCAAGUGACAGCCGUCAGUGUCCUAGAAAAUUAGAAUUUAUAACUGGUAACCUGUAGCAUUACCCACUGACAACAGAAUUGUGCUGGUUCACUGGUAGCACAGAUGGUGAAGGGUUGCUGCUAAAAUUGUUCAAACAUGCAGAUAUUACAAGCAGUUCCAGAAUUUGGAGAACAAGACUUGAUACCAGUCUGUCUUUGUGCAUGAUAUCGGCUGCUUUGGUCAUGUAUAAAACAUUGGAUACGUUUGUGGGAAUUUUGACCCAUGAUAUUUGCAGCUGACAUUAUCCUGUGGUUUCUAGCUAGGUUUCUACUGAAUUCCACUAUAGGUGAUUGUCAGUGCAGGUGAUUGUACAGGUUAAGGGAGUACCGAUAUUUGCAAUCAUUAUGGUUGGUGAAACUAUGGCUACUAGGUCUCAUCAGCUUUUUUACAGGCUUUGUCAUCCACUUUUGGACUGUAGUCUUAAUCUACAUGCAAAUGGCAUAUUGCAUUAUGCAUUGUAUUUACAGAAAUGGUCUACAUUAGGAUCCGAUGAGCAGGUUGUGCAUAUUGGGCAUUUGCAAGCAGAUAAAGGUGCAAAGUCAAAAUUAGAACUGAAGAAGAGCUUCAGACCGAAUGCCAAGUUUGCACUUCACUACGUUUACUAGGUUGUGUGUUCCACAUGUCAAUGACUUGUUACUGAGAAGAUAGAAUCACUGAAGGGAAACCUUAAGAUGUGCAGGCGUGGUAAAGUUGCUAUUAGGUUUACUAAGAGUAGCCGGCUGUUGCCUAUAGGACAGGGAUACUACUAGGUAAACUGAAUGCUUCUUGAGAGCAAGAUUUUGCAAUGAGAUAGUGAUGUUUGCAUUUGGUUAUUAGGAUCACUGACCAAUUUCAUGGAUACUAGGAAGCCUCCGAAUUUCAUGGAUGGUUGAUCCGAAUUCCAGUGUAAAAUUACAUCACAAGUGCAGAUAGGGAGAAUUUGAAAUAGCUACAGAAUGGCAAUUUUCUCAACAUUGUAAGGACAAAGUACAUGAAUGUUUUCAGUGACCUUGACGACUGUUAGGUCUCACCAAUCGAAUUAUGUAUUUUGUGCAUUAAGAAUGUAAUAAUGUAUGGUAAGCUGUAAGGAAGGAUUUCAUUUUUUUUGUCAAAUAAAUGAUGCUGCUGUUAUUCAAGCAUCAAUUAUGUGCAAUAACUCCUCAGUGCAAUAGAUCAGAUGCCACUGUAGAUAGUGAUAGAUAAAAUUAGUGCCAUAGCAUUGAAAUGUUGUGCCAUGGGUGAAUAUGUGGCAAUAUCACUGAUCCCCAUAUGAGGAAAUUGUUUUAAUAUUAGAAUAAUAGAAAAAUGCUUGUGUGUAUAUACUGUAUCUUCUAUGCCCAAAGAAAAUGAUCUAUAUUGUAUGAUGUUGUUGAAUUGACUGAAAUCUGUCAGAUUGUAGUCUUAACCAAAAUAUGUUUCCACAAAGUAAACAUUUAGAUACCGAAACUGUAUUGCAUAUUUGCAAUGCCACUGAUAUUGAGCUUCUACACAAGAUGUUGAAAUAAAGAGAAAGGAAGGAAA